AUAUAACUUGCCUGAGGCUUGGAGGAUGACACUCGAGCUUCUGUGCCUUCCUUCCCCCACAGUCCCGAGGUUUUCUCCUGUGGAAAGCGGAAGAACAGCUAAAUGGGCCCCGUUCAAAAUCCCAAAUUCGCUCACUUGUUCCUCAAAGACUCGAAAUAUGGGCAGAUUUUUGUGCUUGAGCGCUCAAAACAGAGGCUUUGGGGAAGCAUCUGGAAGAGUUGGUGAUGGGGACGGAGUGAUUAUUGUGGAUCACGGGUCGCGUCGCAAAGAAUCCAAUUUGAUGCUUCAUGAAUUUGUGGAGAUGUUUAAACAUAAAAGUGGAUACGAGAUUGUGGAGCCUGCUCAUAUGGAAUUGGCAGAACCAUCAAUAGCAGAUGCCUUUGAAUCUUGCAUUCAGCAAGGCGCAUGCCGUAUUAUUGUCAGUCCUUUUUUCCUCUUCCCUGGUCGGCAUUGGCACCAGGAUAUUCCUUCCUUAACAGCAGAAGCAGCGAAGGAUCACCCAGGUGUGUCAUAUAUUAUAACAGCGCCCCUUGGACUUCAUCAGUUACUUGUGGAUGUUGUAGAUGAUAGGAUCAAGCAUUGCUUAAGGCAUGUAGCUGGAGAUGCAGACGAGUGUUCAAUAUGUGCUGGGACUGGCAAAUGCAGGCUAUAUUAAUUUAGAAAACUUACUCGUAUGGGAUGCUCUUGACGUGAAGGCAGAUGAAUCAGAAAGUCGAGGGAACAAAUAAAUUGAGACAUGUAUUGCACUGAACAAUUGCAAUUUUGUGUAGUCUUGAUUUUGAGGGAGGCCGUGUUAGUGUUGGCAUAUUCUUCUAUCAUUAGCUGCUGCUGUUGGAGCUGAGGUUUAAUGUGUCCAGUCCGGCCAGUGUCACAGAUUUUUAGUAAAAUUAAUAGGUUGAAUAAUCAUAAUUUACUUUCGCAUGUUUAAUUGAUGGUUUACAAAGGCUCAAAUCUAGCCUCCUCAUGUGCACAUCCAUUGCUUUUGAAAUGGAGCUGGGAAUUCUGUGUAAAGAGAAGUUGGGUCCUUAUGUGGUUGAGAUUGUAUAAUAACCAACAUCGCCACCAGAUUUCCUUUUAUGUUAUUUACAUCCAUUUUCUGUU